UUGGCACAGCCUAGUUACACAGGAGAGAAGACAAGAUUGGAGUUGAACUCCCCCCACCCUCCCCCGCUGUAAGCAUCUCCCUCCAGCUGCUGUGAAUCAGGCAACAGCUCGCAGGGAGGGAAGGAGUCAGUCCCUCUGUGCAAAGGAGAGAGGCGGCAGUACCAUCCCUUUCACACCUACAAGAAGAGCACAAGGGUAGAAGUCAGUGUUUCUUUGUACAAGCGGCACCAUCCCAUUCACACCUAGAGAAGCAGCAGCACCACCCAGUCUCAGGCACACUGACACCUACACAAGCAGUAUCGCCCAUUGCCGGCGCAUUGACACCUGCAGGAGGAGGCGCACCACUGACUUGCCGGCUCAGGCAAUUAGCUGUACAUAUAGCCGCUAUAGAGCGAUCCCUGCGCUAAUAACGAAGGUUUGCUAUAGUAUUACUGGGACAGAGGGUUCAUCACGCCGCAGAUCUCCCUUGGCCGGAUCCGUACUGCAGCCUUGGUCUGAGCAUCACCCUGUCCGGCGGAAGCGACUGUGCGAUCAUCAUUUAUUACAAAGACCGCAGCGCGACAGUGCCUCGCAAAGUUGUGUCAGUCGCACCUGAGAUCCGAAGAAAGUUACGGGUUUGCGCGCACAAUGCUCUGUAGCUCCAAUUACAAAAUCGCACCUUCAACUGCUUAGUUUAGAACAAUCGCACCCACUAAGUAGACUUUCUGCGCACUGCCUAGCGGCCCUCAUGGAACCCGGGCUAGAGGUGUCGGACUGGCCCAGCGCUGGGUGCAAGAGUGAGGACAAUGCUGUGCUACACGGCGCAAUGCUGGAGCUACGCUCCGAGAUGAACAACUUCAGGCGUGGGGUAGAGCGGCAGCUGGAGGACGUACUGAGACUGGCCGGGCCGCUCUCAAGGUCUGUCGCUGAUCUGCAGUGCGAGAACCGGCGGCUCCGGGAGCAAGUGGACAGGUUGAGCCGACAGGUGGAGCUGCUGAGUCGGGCUGCGGGGUUAAGCGAGGAAGGGCCGACCCGGUUCUCUAGCCACGCCCUGCUGUCACUGUCCGGCAAAGCACAGAGUGCUGUGCCAGAGGCAGAGAAUGACGUGGAAACUGCAUGCACUACAGCCUCCUCGGUUGUGGAAAAUGGACAUAAAUCGCUUUCAGAUAAAGACAAAGUCUCACAGGAUAGUGGCACUUCAGCACCAGUCUCCACCACACACUCACCUUCGCCAACCCCGGAUGUGAGAAUGCCACACAUGCCCGUUACUGCUGUAACUAAAGUUGUUGGAGAAGCACCUCCCAGUGUAACCAAUGGCAGCAGCCGCCAUUAUGGGCAGGAACCCAAAAAUUCUACAGAGGCAUCGCCAAAGACAAGCAAUGCACAAAGUGCUGUGAGGACAUGGAAUGCCAGUAUUGUCAGGACAAUGGGUGUCUCAAGCAGCUCAGAAAAAACUAUAUCUGCAACAAAGACCACUCAAAGCUACAGCAUGACAAGUUCCACAGUGAGCAGUGAGAGUUCUGACAGGUAUUUUGAUGUUACUCCCAAAUCGCACUCUCCUCCACCAGCCAUCAGUCGGCAAGCUGAGAAGAAACGGGAGCUGGUAAGAUCCCAGACGUUACCACGUUCUGCGGGCACCCAAGUUCGCAAGGCAUUUUUUGAGAAGUUUGAUCAAGACAGUGCCAAGGGCAAAGGAGAAUCUAAGGUGAAACUAAAGCGCUCUCAGAGUUUUGGCGUUUCCAGCGCGACCAGCAUUAAACAGAUCCUCCUGGAAUGGUGCCGUUCCAAAACCAUUGGCUACAAGAACAUUGAGCUGCAGAACUUCUCGUCCAGCUGGAAUGAUGGAAUGGCUUUUUGUGCCCUGGUUCACUCAUUCUUCCCAGAAGCCUUUGAUUAUGAUGCUUUGGAGCCUAGCAAUCACAAGCAUAACUUCGAGCAAGCUUUCUCUUCAGCAGAGAAACUUGCCAACUGUGAACGUCUUAUUGAGGUAGAAGACAUGCUGAUGAUGGGAAGGAAGCCGGAUCCUAUGUGUGUGUUUACUUAUGUGCAGUCGUUGUACAACCACCUGAGACGCUUUGAGUGAGAUCCAUGCCCAGCGCCUUCACAUGUUUUUACAUUAAUGAGCACCCUCUGCCCCCCGCCCACUCCUCUGCUCCUGAGACCAGCAUCCAUCCGAUAUGAUGACAGCAAGAGAGACACACAUGGUCCUAUCUGUCUCCGCUCCACUGACACCCUGGCCUGCAUCAAGCAGCCUGACAACUGAGAGACAAAUAAGACAAGAAUAUCCAAGGUGCUGGGGACAGACUAUUUUUACCAGAUUGUUUACUGUUAGUACUGUGGGAAUUGCCUAUAUUGGUGCCUUAUUUUAAGAUGGCUGCUGUGUUUUAGUGACACUCCAUUGUCUGUUUAUACAUCCACUGCACACAGAGAAGCCCAGAAGAUACAUUUUCAGGAAUCACUACUGUUCAGAUAGGCUCUGGGCUUUCUUCAACAGUCAUCAUUCUGUUUCCUUCUCCAGUAUGGUUUGCAGUGGUGGGCAAACAGCACUUGAUUAGCUGGGUUCAUGGUGGAGGACACAAUUCUAGAUCCCAUGUUUUUUUUUUCCUUUCUAUAACAGGUAAUGCAUUUAAUCACUCUACUAAAGAGAACCAAACCUUGGUAGGAAUGAUGUUAUUACACUACAAUUACCAGCAGCCUUACCUUUCUUCGUCAGUGGAUUGUAGUUUGUAGUUGUAGUUUGACAACAUCUGGAGAGCUGCAUGCUGCCUAUACCUGCAUUACUAAGUCUUGGCUCCCUGAAGAAAUAUAGUACACCCCCCUUUUUAAUCCACCAAGCAGAACCUUUAUUUUUACCAUGUAAAUUAUAGCCACAAACCCCAGAAUGGCACCUACAUUUUUUAUCCUAUUGUACCUGUGCAAAAUCAGCCAUGGUAUUAAAUGAAGUUGGCAGUUCAGUAGAUGCCCUGCCAGAGUUUUCUAAAUAACAUAAAUAGGGCCAAUUCCAGUAUGUAACACUAUUGGAUUUUGUGUAUAUAUUUAGAUACAGCCAUUACUAUGCCUUAUCUUUGAUCUUUAUAUAUAAGCAGGCACUGGCUUAGUAAGGGAACAGUUACACUGUAUCCGCAUAACCCAUGGGUAACCCUUUCAUGUUUAGAGAGCUACAGAAUGCCCAAGGCAACAGGCCACACAAAUAUGGUCUAUUAUUAGCAUAUGCAGGCAAGUAUCUCUCAGCAGGAGGGGUCGUAUGAAGUCAAGUGCCAAGAAGGCUGUCUUCUGUUUGUCUCUCACGGAACUUGCUGCUAGGCUCUGCUUUCUGAUAUAAAGUGGUUGCCACUACAGAGAUACAGAACAUUUCAAAGCUGUUCCAUGGCAGCGUAUAAAUAUGGAACAUUCUCAAUUUAAAGCACAAGCUCCCAAAUGCAACUGAGCCAUUGUGUAUUGCAACCAAAAUAUGUCACACAAAAUUAGCCGUACAUAGUUCUCAUGUGAUUGUGAUAUAAGCAGGGGUAAGUUAGCAGGCAAAGCCCUGAGUGUCUCUUUGCAAAGGGUUAUAGGGCUAUUAACUGUUAACCUCACAGAGAGUAGCACUUGAUAAUGUUAGUGAUUUUUCAAACCAACUAGAAAUAACAAAACAUUAUUUGUUUAACCCUUCAAGACAUUAAUUUUGUUUUCCAUCUGGGCUUUUUUAGUAUUUUGCCAGGAAAAAGUCUUCAUUAUCCCAGACUGGGCCAUUCCCUAUCUAAUAGCAUCAUUAAAGGCCAAUUUCAUCAGCUGCUACUAAGCUGUCUCUCAGCCGGCUACAGUUUCACAUAAGAGCAGAUGUGCUCUAAAGCCCCUGCCUGACAUGUAUAUAUAUAUAUAUGUACAGCUAUGAACAGGCUCCCUACUGUUCGGCACUCAAAGCUUCCCAUUAAAAUAAAAACAAACCUGCUAGGUUAACAGGGUAGGAAAAACAGGCCUACAAAUUCCUUAAUAUGCUGAAAAGGUGAAACCAAAUAAACAGAUCUCCGCUCUACACACAGCAGAUACCUCAAGCCGUGUGGCGGCCCCCACACAGUUAAUCUGCAGAUCACAUGCCUUGUAUAAUGGGAAACAUUCUCAGUGCCAAUACCUUGCUUGCACCUGAAGGUUAAAACGAAGCCAUUCUCACACUGCCCCUUAUGUUACAUACAGCUGGGGGAUGCCUGUUUGUAUAUAACUGUGGAAACACUGAUGUAACAUGGAAAUUCUCAGUCUAUGCAUCAAAGAGACAGCAGUAAUAAUUCAUGUUCCAAAAAGAAUGACCCCUUUCCAUAAGCAACCCUUUGGAUUCUGGAUUGUCGGCAUAUGCACUGCUCUAUACACACAAAAAAACAUUGUAAUACUUUCAUUUGACUUAUGGAGUGGAUUAUAUAGCUUGGUGCAGUGUAUUAUAGUGUUUUUAAUAUAUAUGUUUUCUUAUUUGCAAUAAAACUCUAAAGAAGCUCUUUACUAGUCACAAUGAAGCUAAAUGCUAAAAUACAACCUUUCCUCAUGCUCUAAAUGGUAUUACAGUUACAGACAUAAACGUGCAGCCACUGGCACCAUAAUGCACAUGUUGUUUUGCAAAGGGUGAUGGGACAGCUUCUCAUUUGCAUACUCUGUGCCUCUAGCUUUGCUGAAAUGGAGCACUGCAAGGUUUAUAAUAUAGCACCCCUAUAGGCGGGAUUAAUAAGCAGUUCAGAGUUGCAGGAGAGACUGUUGCUUAACGGAGUAGGUUACCUUGAAAUUAAAUUUAAUAUGAUAGUAAUAUGCUGAAUUGGACUUUAUUUUUAUAUUUUUUAUGGUUUUUCAUUUAUUUAUCUAUUUGUUCAGCAGCUCUCCAGUUUGGUAUUUUAGCAACUAUCUGGUUGCUGGGGUCUUAUUUUCCCUAGGAGCCAGGCGGUGGUUUGAAUAAAACACUGCCAUAAGUAGAGUAAAAGGACUAAAAAAGUAAAACAAAGUAGCAAUAACAAUAAAAGCCUUACAGAGUUUUUGGCUGCUGGGGUCAGUGACCUCCAUUUGAAAGCUGGAAAGAGGUAGAAGAGGAAGGGAAAUAAGUAAUAACUAAAAUAACUAAGCUACAAAUAAUAAAGACCAAUUGCAAAAUUGCUAUUAUUAGGACAUUAUAUUGUAUAGUAAAAGCUGACCCACCCCUUUAACAGAAUGCAAAGUAGGAAAGUUGGAAAAUGAUAUAAGCUGCUUUUUUUUUUUUUUUUUGGACCUGUUGGCAUCCAGUAGGUUUAGUCAACUUCUCCCUGCACAUCCCACUACUAGACAGCCAUUGGGUGCAAACAGGGCACUAAGUACAAUAACCUUAACUGAGCAAAUUGUUUUUUAUUUUUUGCAGGCUAAACUGUAGCACUGGAGAAAAUCGUUCUUUCUAAGGAAAUGUAAACGCUUGGAACAAAUGUAAAAUUGUUCAUAAUGCUCUUCUGGGCACUUUUGCAAUGUAAGCUGUACAGCAGAUGGCGCUAUUGUUUCAAAUUCAUAAUGUUAGUAUUAGAAAAACUGUGUCUUGAAAACAAAAAAAUAUAUAAAUUACAAAAGGGCUCAUAAGAGCAAUGUAAGCAGUUUUACAUUAUGUAGUUUACAUUUUCUUUCAAUGAGUUAAAAAGGAAUUCAUACAUUAUUUUUAGUUCUCUGCAAGCAUGGAGAUGUGUGACUUAUCUACUUAUCUAAUCCUGUUUACAUUGCAAAGAUUGUGUUUUAGCAUUUUGUUCCUUUGAAAUUGUUUCUGUUUUUUGGGUUGGGGGGGAUGUUUUUUUGGCUUGGGUCCUUGACCCUUUAACCAUAUUGUCAGUCAUUAGGGGCACUUUAGCGUUUCACUGUUUAUGGCAAUGUAAAGCUUCUCUAGUAUGUUAUAAAACCACAUGAAGUAACAUGGUCAUUAUAGUAAACUACAAAGAUUGGGAUGAAGACUCGCAGCUUAUUGGAGCACUGUAGUUUGCUGCAAAUGACUUGGGACUGAAGGCUACAAAUACCCACCCACACAAUUUAUAUGCUCAUUUGAGCAUUUUUGUUUUUUUGAUAUUAGCAGUUUUACACUGAAUGGAUGUCUGAAAGGAAAGCCACUUGCAGUUCUGUCCUGGCAUUGGCUGGGUAGAAUAGCUAAAGCUAAAUUACUGAUGAAGGAAGCAUAUUCUGAUGCUUUUCUGCUUAUUUAUAAUACUAUCGGCUGCCUGGGCAGAACAACAAGCGUUUCCCCUGUUACACAUUCAUGAUAUUAGCUGUCCUAAAAAAGUAAGAGAAAACAUGUUAUAUUUUUAACCAAGUUGUGUUGGUGGGUACUCUUAAAUGCAUGGAUGGGACAUCCUGAAUCCUUGCAGAUUGUUAAAAAUACAGCUUCCAAUCAUCAUUCAGUGGAAUUAUGGGGGUUGUAGAACAUAAACAUUUGGAGGUAUGCAAGUUGCCCAUUACUGGUAUAAUGUACAUUAAUGAAUUGACACAGGGCACAUAUUUUUUGCUCUAAUUAUUAAUAGAAAUUAACGUAUACACCCUGGAGUGGUGUUUAGUACACAUGGGCCUGAAUGGUAAAGCUAUUUAGUGCCAAAACUAGGAGAAGCCAAUUUUAGUGGCUUUGUACCAUAUAAAGCACUGCACUACAGAGUUAAUCACGUUCAGCUUUAAAAGAUUUAUGUAGCCAAUAAUGAUUUCUAUUGUUUUGUAUGAUUUCUUACACUUUAAAACUGUCUGCUGUUAACUGAGAUUUGAUGGUGUUUUAAACCUGCUUGUACAGCAGUUUUACAGUUUAUUACAAUAAAUUGUACAGUUGAAAUAA